AUGGUCGAGUGUGCUAUCAUAUUCAAUGAAAAUAACGACAAUUUUAAGAGCGGUGAAAUGAUAUCAGGCAUUAUUGAAUUAACGCUAUCGGAUGAGAAAAACUUUCGUCAUAUCCAUGUAACAAUUGAGGGCAUCGGUGAAGUGAAAUGGCCGUCAUUGACAUUUUCCGACAGUCCAAUGUAUUCAACAUUCACAAAUUUCGAGAAUUAUUUUAAGGAAAUAAUCCAUAUAUUUGACCAUAAUGAUGCAUUAGGGAAGACGGAAGAGUUUACGCAGUUAAACCGUGGCAUACACAAAUUUCCGUUUAUAUACCAAUUGCCACAAGCAUUACCGUCGAGUUUUGAGGGAAAAUUUGGAUAUACUCGCUACACUGUGACAGCUGUUUUGGACAUUUUGAAUGAUGAAAGUAUUACAACAAUAGUUAGACCAUUUAAAAUUAUAAUUGGACAUAAUAUAAUUCGUCCAUAUGAUUCACAAAAUUAUCCAUUUAGAGCUGAAUUAUCAACAACAUUCACUUAUUGUUUAUUUCCACGUCCAUUGUGCAUUGUAAUAAGUAUACCACAUACAGAAUUUAUAGUCGGCGAUGAUAUUUCUGUGAACGUUGAGCUUGUAAAUCGGAGCUAUGCUGUUGUCAGUAAAAUUAUUGUGGAAUUUAUUCAAAUUGCGAACUACAAAAGUAAAAUCCCAAAAGAAAAUAAUAAAAUAGAUGAAAGGACAUUAACAAGAGUAACUGGACCAAAGAUUGGACGAAAGCAUUCAGUAAAAUUUACGUGCAACAUAAAAAUUCCUAAUUUAAUUCCACCAACUCAACGUCAAUCAUGUCAAAUCAUUGAGAUCUAUUAUAAAAUUCAAGUACGUUUGGAUGCACGAUUGCUACAAAUUAUACGCUUACAGCCAUCAUUGACCUUGCCCAUUCUCGUUGGAAUUGAAUCGAUGGAUGCUUUAAAUCAUGGAAAAGAAGAAGAUGAAGGAUAUACAAUGUAAAUAGCAUGACGAAUGAUGUUUAAUGAUGAACUUUUUUUUACUGGGGACGGGAGAUGGAAGUAGGACGAAGAGAGCAAAAAAAAGCAAAUGAAAUGGAAGAUUCUAAAAGGAUAAAAAAAAAGCAAAUGCUUAUCAUAAAAUACAAACCAACCACGAAAAUCCCUUCAAUCGAGAAAUUGAUGUUUACGAUGUUAUUUACCUGUGAAAGGCACAGUUAAGAGAAAUUUGAAGAAUAAGAAAAACUAAGAUAUUCCAGUCAAUAUCCUACCCAGUCAGCAUGCCAAACUGUCCAUAAAACCACAAAAUCCUUAAAAUUCAGCCUCAAAAUACAAAAAAUAAGAAAUGGCUUGUUGUUUCUCUUUUUCUAAUCCAAUG